AUGUCCAAAAAAUCAACGGCGCGGAGUGCGUCGACAGCCGACGACGCCAUCGGCGACUUGUUUAUGACCCACUUCAUGGAAUUUACCGGUCAACUCUGCGCAGCACUGGAGACGGAAGAGUUUCGAAACAAGACACCCCAGGAGCAACUGGAGCACCUGAAGACCGUCUCGGAUGGCGACGAGGUGGUGAAGAAGAUGGAGAAGGCUUUCAAUUUCCAAGCGGCCCGCCACCUAUACACCCACGUCAUCACAGACGAUCUUCCCUGUCUCGCAUUCGCCGCCGACUUCCCCGCCGCCCACCCCGAGAUAGAGAGCAAAAAUCAGCUCCUCCGUCGGAUCAAGACCCUCCGGCUGGAAUACGGACAGAAGGAGGAUGACACCAGCUACUAUGCCAUCAUGCUGGAGCCUCUCAAGUUCACCGUCCUGGGCGUGCUCAAUCGCGAGGUGGACGCUCUCCAGGUGGGCGCGGCCGAGGCUGUGCGCAUCGGAGUGUGCCUGGAGAAGCUGCAAGGCAAAAGGACGCGCUUCCCCGCCCUCACCCACCUUGCCGUCGGGUCAAUCUUUGGGGGCGACGAGCCGCUUUGGAGCACCAUAGUCGACCCCAGGAGCGGCUUCGCGCACUUAUCAAGCGCUCGAGGCGGGAAAAAACAACCCUCUAUCGCCGAACUCGUCGCGAUGUGCCAGCAAUCCGUCAUGCUGCUCUUCCGCGCCUCCCCACUCCUCCACGUUUGUCAGCGAAGCUACUCUGGGCCCCUCUCCCUCCCCGCCGCGUUUGAUUGGGACGACUCCUUCCCCGGCACCCACUCCACUCAGUCGGCGCGCCACCUCGGAGAAAUCCCCCGCAAAAAGCUCCUCCCCGCCGCGACCAUCCCACUCUUCACCAUGCACCUCGGGACCGACGGGGACGGGAACGUCCGUGCAUCCCCCAAUCGUCCUACUCGCUGGCUCCUCGAGAACUCGGAUCGGAACCGAUUCACCAUGAACCUCCUCGUGCGAAACUUCUUCCGCGUGCUCGAUACCUAUCACGAGACGGUCCACAACGCCGGCUUCAAAGACUACAAAUUCGACAUCAACAUCUACAUCAGUAGCAACCGCUACACGCCCGCACGCGGCAAGUUCGAAUGGCCGGCGGACCCAAGGACUAUCCUCCGGUGCAAGCCUAGCACCGAGGCAGACACACUGGACAUCAUCCGCAAGCACAGCGAGAAGCAGCUGCGCAGCGAGGGGAUGCCUGAGGUCAAGGGUAUCUCCUCCUGGCGGCCGUCGACGGAGAGCCCGGUCUGCGAGGCGUGCGGGUGGGAGUUUGAGGAGAUCGCGUAG